AAAAUGACGUUGGAAAAACCGGCACGCAACAGAAUCCUGCACGGAGUGGGCACAGGGCUGCAAACAAAUUAUUGAGUACCUAUUAAUGAUGAUAUGAACAAGUUGGUAGGGCUUCGAUCAUAUCACGUCGCCAUCUGCAACCUUUUUCAUUCAUUCAGUUUGACCGUCUAAUGCCCUGCUGAUUGUCUCUCUCAUAGGCCGAGUAAACAAUUGAACAACGAGACGGAAAAUUUUUACCUUCUGUUCUCUGGCUAUGGCUUCUCAAUUUCUAUUCGAGAGUACUACUCCCUCUUUGUACAUCCAGGUAUUAGAAAAAGUUGUAUUAGUGUCAGGCAUAGUGAUGGGAUUCAUGGAACUCAAGGGCAUUCAUCUCAAGUAUUCGAAAUUCAAUCAAGGGUCUUCCUCAGGGGUCCAGCUAUCCAGCAGAACAGCGAUGCUUAUUUUCUAUCUGCCAUCCUUUCUGAUCGCCGUGUUUUUUCUCUUUUGCAAGUUGCUCUGGGUAAAUGCCAGUAUUUUGCUUGAAAAACUGGGUUUACUGCAGAUCUCGAUUAGUCUGCAGCUACAUCAGGAUGCAGGGCUUAGGUUUAUCAUCUUAGCAACUGCAGUCGCUCUGCAUUUUCUCAAGAGGGUAUUUGAGGUGCUGUUUAUUCAUCAAUACUCUGGAGGAAUAACUAUGAGCACCACCGUUAUUGUAUCCUUUCUCUACAGUUUUAGUUCUGCCAAUCUUCUUUACGCAAUGCAGAUAUCUGAGGGCUUAACAUCGCCAUCCGUGGAUUUGAUGCCGCUAGGAUUGGUCUUGUUUGUGGUGGGCAUAAGUGGGAACCUUUACCACCAUUAUUUGUUGAGUGGGCUUAGAAAGAAGGGGGAGAAGGGAUACGUGCUUCCUAAAGGAGGGUUGUUUGAGUUUGUGGUAUGUCCACAUUACCUUUUCGAGAUUAUUGGCUUCUUAGGAAUUGCCUUCAUCUCCCAGACAGCUUUUGGAUUCUGUCAAUUUAGUUUCGUGUUUUUAUAUCUGCUGGCCCGGAGCUUAUCGACCAGAGAGUGGUAUGUGAAAAAAUUUGAGGGCUUUCCUUCUCACCGAAAGGCUCUAGUACCUUUCAUCAUCUGAUGAGUGACAGAUAUUCAUUCUGAACGAUUUCUAUUGUUAAAGCAGCUAAAUCCCUGAGAAUAGAAUGGAGAAUUCCUUUUAAAGCUCGUAAGGUUUGCCACAAUGGACACUUAACUGUGUUUAGGUCAUAUGGUAGGCCUGUAAAAUAAAAGUGCUUACAAGUUAUAACACAUAAAUAUUUGAUUAAACAUGGAAAUCUUAUUUUCAAAAUUAGUAAAAUACUAGAAGAGACUUAUGCGCCA